AUGGACGUCCCUAUGGUCGGGAUGUUGCUGAAGUUUGAGAAGUUCGGUGUCCAGCCUGCAGCCAAGUCUCUGCACCGGGGGCCCUUUGUUCCUAAGCACAAUUUCUGUCAGGUGGAUGAGUGCGUCUCUCUCCGGGGACGGCUGCAGCUUGCUGAUCUCUCGGAUCGCUUCGGUACAGUAGCGCUGGGCGAGACCUUCCUGUGUCUUGCUGUGACCUGCCUGGUAAUUAUCACCCACACCUUGAAACUAAACACAAGAAGGGAGGAAGUGCAGAGUCCUGAGGCCGCCGAGGAUUCCAUUUCCAGCUGCCAGGCGGAAACCGGAACUGAGGAAGGCGAGGCGGCCAUCUUUGAUGAGGGUGAAUUGCCAGUUGACCCUCUCAAGGGAAAUUAUGUAAGAAAAGUGAAAGAUUGUAUCUUCUCUCAUGUAUUCCCCUCUCCAUUUGUGUCUGAGAUACGACUCGUCGCUUUCUCGGAGAACGUUCUGGAGGAUCUGCUGGAUCUUGACCCAUCUGUUGUCGGCUCCGUGGAUUUUCUACAGUUUGUUAGCGGUAGUAAAACAAUUCCCGGCUUUGUUCCAUUAGCACACAGAUAUGGAGGGCACCAGUUUGGUGUUUGGGCUGGUCAGUUGGGAGAUGGAAGAGCACACUUAAUAGCCACUUAUAUUAACAGGUUUGGAGAGAGAUGGGAACUUCAGUUGAAAGGAUCGGGGAAAACGCCAUAUUCUAGGAAUGGUGAUGGGAGAGCUGUACUCCGCUCCUCUGUAAGAGAGUUCCUGUGCAGUGAGGCUAUGCAUUAUCUGGGGAUUGCCACCAGCAGGGCUGUCAGUCUUGUUGUAAGCAAUGAUGCAGUCUGGAGGGACGAGUUCUACAAUGGAAAUGUGAAGAAAGAACGGGGAGCAAUGGUAUUAAGGGUUGCAAAAUCAUGGUUUCGGAUUGGUUCACUUGAAAUAUUGGCUAAUUCUGGGGAAUUUAACCUGCUGAGGCAGUUAGUUGAUUUCAUCAUUAAGGAACACUUUCCAUCCAUCAACACAACUGAUCCUGAUAGACUAUUGGCAUUUUUCUCUAGCGUGGUGUCUCAGACUGCAGGUAUGAUUGCAAGAUGGAUGUCUGUAGGCUUUGCACAUGGUGUGUGCAAUACCGAUAACUUCAGCUUGCUUUCAAUCACCAUUGAUUAUGGUCCAUUUGGCUUCAUGGAAAAAUAUGAUGCUGAUUAUAUUCCAAACACAUCUGACGAUGAAGGAAGGUAUAGGAUCGGAAACCAGGCCAACGUUGGAAUGUAUAAUCUGAACAAGCUGCUUCAAGCUUUGAACCCUCUUAUGGACAGCAGACAAAGGCAACUAGCCUCAACUGUACUUGCAGGCUUUCCUGAUCUGUAUUACCACAGAUUUACAGAACUCUUCAGGGCCAAGCUGGGCUUCUUAGGUGCGAGUGAAGAGGACCUGACCUUGAUUGCAUCCUUCCUUAAUCUGAUGGAAGACACUGGGAGCGAUUUCACAAUGUCAUUUCGUCAGCUUAGUGAGAUUACAAUGGACCAGCUAACAAGUCUCAGCAUCCCUGAGGAAUAUUGGGCACUUCAGGAACUCAGCAGACAUAAGGAUUUCCCAGCUUGGAUCUCUGCAUACCUGCAAAGACUGCAAAGGAACCCAGAAGACUCCAAUCCUGAAAGAAGAAGACGGAUGAGGAACACUAACCCUAGAUACAUCCUGCGGAACUGGAUGGCCGAAUCAGCAGUUCUCAAGGCAGAGAGGAAUGACUUUUCACAGGUUCGUCUGCUGCAGAGAGUUUUACGUCAGCCCUUUCACAGGCAGGAGAUGGCAGAACGUGCUGGGUACACCCAGAAACCUCCAGAAUGGGCUAAAAACCUAAAAGUCAGCUGCUCGUCAUGACGCGCACACAGAGUCAAACGCACAGUUUUUAUUAACCGAGACUGAUUAAAAUGUCAUACGCACUCUCCUUCUCAUGGUUUAUUUG